UCGAUGUUGACGAAACGAAAACGCGUAGUGAGCUGUGUAGACUGAAAAUUUGUGUCUAUAGUUUGGUGUUUGAAAAUUGUGAUAUUAUUUAGUGCAAAUUGUGUGAUAAAACGUUACCAAAAAGAUGCCAAACUGUGUCGAGCUGUCACGUUGCAGCUCAGCGUUCGUGGAUAUUGAACGGGUGGAAUCCGAACCGGACAGAAUACCAGCAGUGCAGACGGACCCUAGCAUUAACCGCAGUAACGGAUUUGGAUCACCAUUCUCCUUAAAAAUCCCUACAAAGCAGGACGUGCUUCCUACGGAUCACCAUCGAUUUCAGCAACCGAUUGUACAAGCUGCAAACGAGACGACAACAACCAGCAACGGCAGUGCCAACAGUAUGAUCGGAACAGCGAAAAUUCUUUCAGGCACUGAUGUGGCCAAGGAAGUGCGUGAACGGUUGAAGAAAGAGCUUAGUGAAAUGAGAAGCAAGAUUCCGACGCUGGUACCGGGACUGGCCAUCGUGCAGGUCGGUGGCCGAGAGGACUCCAACGUUUACAUCCGCAUGAAGAUCAAGGCGGCCGAGGAGAUCGGAAUCUACGCAGAGCACGUGCAGCUACCGAGCACGACUACGCAGACCGAACUGCUGGCGGUGAUCAAACGCCUCAAUGAAGAUCCCUGCUUUCACGGAAUCAUCGUCCAGAUGCCGCUGGAGUCACAGAAUCCGAUCGAUUCGCAUCUGAUCACCGACGCCGUAUCACCGGAAAAGGAUGUUGAUGGUCUUAACACUAUCAACGAGGGCCGCGUCGCAGUUGGUGAUAUGGGAGGCUUCCUGCCGUGUACUCCGAACGGGUGCAUGGAAUUGAUCAAGCGCACUGGUAUUCCAAUUGCCGGUGCAUCGGCAGUCAUCAUCGGACGUAGUAAAAUUGUCGGUACUCCAAUGGCCGAGCUGCUGAAGUGGCACGAUGCGACGGUUACGAUUUGCCACUCGAAGACGAAAAAUUUAAAUAUGAUGAUAAAGAAAGCCGACAUUCUGGUGGUGGCAGUCGGCAAACCGGAAAUGGUUCGUGGAGCCUGGAUUAAACCUAGUGCAGUGGUAAUUGACUGUGGCAUCAAUUCGAUUCCCGAUCCGACUAAGAAGAGCGGCCAGCGGCUAGUGGGGGACGUCAAGUACGACGAGGCACUGGUGGUGGCAUCGUAUGUCACCCCAGUACCGGGUGGCGUCGGCCCGAUGACCGUGGCGAUGCUGAUGCAGAACACCGUUCAGUCUGCGUUGCGAGUCGCUAAGAGGAUGAUCGAGAUGGAGUUCCGCUGGCCCAUCAAGACGUUACCGCUGAAACCGCUGGAGCAGGUGCCCAGUGACAUCGAGAUCGCUCGUUCCCAAACCCCUAAGGACAUCUCCGUGCUGGCGUCGGAAAUCGGCCUAAUUCCCUCCGAGGUUUCACUGUAUGGCGACAAGAAAGCUAAGAUUUCCCUGAAGGUAUUGGACCGACUGAAGAACGAGCAGGAGGGUAAAUACGUGGUCGUCGCUGGUAUAACUCCGACGCCGCUUGGCGAAGGCAAAAGUACCACCCUGGUGGGACUGGUGCAAGCAUUGACGGCUCAUAAGCAGUGCAACGCCAUUGCCUGCCUGCGACAACCGUCGCAGGGUCCCACGUUUGGGAUCAAGGGAGGGGCCGCCGGUGGCGGCUACUCACAGGUCAUUCCGAUGGAGGAUUUCAAUUUACAUUUAACUGGCGAUAUCCACGCGGUAACGGCAGCCAACAAUCUGCUGGCGGCACAACUAGACGCUCGCAUCUUCCACGAGGCCACACAAACGGAUCAGGCUCUGUACGAGCGGCUAGUGCCUGCAAUGAAGGGUUCGCGCAAAUUUUCAGCCAUUCAGUUGAGACGCUUGAAGCGUCUCGGCAUUGAGAAAACCGACCCAUACACACUGACCCCGGACGAGAUUCGGCGCUUUUCGCGGUUAAACAUCGAUCCUCACAAUGUUGUGUGGACUAGAGUUCUGGACGUGAACGAUCGAUAUCUUCGCAAAAUUACGAUUGGUUUGGCACCGACGGAGAAAAAUAUGACCAGAGACACCAGUUUUGCGAUUUCCGUUUCUAGCGAGAUUAUGGCGAUCCUUGCGUUGGCUACCAGCCUAGAAGAUAUGAAGCAGCGGCUGGCCAAGAUGGUGGUCGCAUUCGAUCGUACUGGGGCGCCAGUUACGGCCGAUGAUCUCGGUGUUACCGGUGCCAUGAUGGUGCUGCUGAAAGAUGCCAUCGAACCGACCUUGAUGCAGACGCUGGAAGGCACUCCGGUUAUGGUUCACGCUGGCCCGUUCGCAAAUAUUGCGCACGGUUGUUCGUCGAUUAUCGCCGAUGAUAUCGGGUUGAAGCUGGUCGGUAAAUCGGGUUAUGUCGUGACCGAAGCAGGCUUCGGAUCCGACAUAGGAAUGGAGAAGUUCUUCAAUAUCAAGUGUCGCUCGUCGGGCAAGAUACCAAAUGCUGUGGUACUGGUGAUGACGGUACGUGCAUUGAAGAUGCACGGUGGUGGCCCUCCGGUAAUCGCUGGGGCUCCACUGCGUCGUGAGUACACGAUGGAAAAUUUAGAGCUUGUCGAGAAAGGUUUGCCAAAUCUGUUGAAGCACAUUGAGAAUGGAUUGAAGUACGGUGUUCCCGUCGUGGUAGCAAUCAAUGCGCAUUCUAACGAUACCAAGGCUGAGCAUGAUCUGAUCAAGAAAAGCUGUAAACAGGCCGGCGCUGUGGCUGCCGUUGUUUCUGAACACUGGGCUAAAGGCGGUGCUGGGGCUGCUGAUUUAGCACAAGCCGUAAUUGAUGCCUGUCAGCUAAAGUCGAACUUCAAGCUGCUGUAUGAGCUGGAUUUAACGAUUGAGGAGAAAAUGCUCAAGAUUGCCAGAGAAAUGUACGGAGCAGGAACGAUUGAACUUACACCGAAGGUGAAAGAUGCCAUUAGAUUGUACACGGAGAAGGGUUUCGGAAAUCUGCCAAUUUGUAUGGCCAAAACGGCCAUGUCACUGACUGGCGAUCCUAGUGCCAAAAAUGCACCGAAGGAUUUCAAGCUGGUUAUAAACGAUAUCUGUCUGUCCGCUGGAGCGGGAUUUAUCGUUCCUAUGUGCGGUGAAAUCACCAAAAUGCCUGGACUGCCAACCAGACCGUCGAUUUUCGACAUUGAUCUGAACACCGAGACGGGUGAGAUCGAGGGUCUGUUUUAGGAGCGUUUUCGUAGACUUUUUUUGACGAGAAUACGAUUUUCUUCUUUAAACAAAUUUUAUCAGCACAGGAAAAUCGGGAUCGAUCAUCUUUUACUCUCUCUCUCUCUUUCUCUUAUUUCUUACUUAUUUUUAUGUGUGACGAACAUAAUUUACUACUAUGAUUAGCUACUAUAUAUUGCUUGUAGUAAAUAUUUUAGGAUGUUUGUAUUGUUUAUCUAAUAAAUGCUGCUUUUAUAAGAGAGAAA